UGUGCAGCAUGUGUGGAGAAUUAGCGCGUGCAGUCGUCAUAAUUCUGCCCCCAGUAAUCUGAAGUCCACACAGAUGUCCCAGCAUCCUCCCUCCCUCCCUCAGCCUACAGCUGAUGAGCAUAUUGGCAGCUGCAUCGUUCCGCCCUGCUGAGUUAUUGAGGUGAGGAUGUUCUCGUCCUCGUCCAGAAGCUUCGUGUUGUCACCCUGGUCGUCCAUGGAGCAGUCGGACUCGGAAGCGUUGGACAUCAGCACCAAGGUGCAGCUGCACGGCGUCCUGUGGAAGAGACCCUUCGGACGACCCUCGGCCAAGUGGUCCCGCAGGUUCUUCAUCAUCAAGGACAGUUUUUUGUUGUACUACGCUGAGAACGAGAAGAGGAGCUUUGACAGCAGCAGGAUCUUCAACAUCCACCCUAAGGGAGUGAUUCCUCUAGGAGGAUGUGUGGUGUCAGCCACAGAAGACAUGGGUAUGCCCUUUGGCCUCGUCAUUAGCCUGGAAGACUUCUCUGGCACCAUCGUGGUGGCUGCUGAGUCGGAGGAGGAGCAGCUGCACUGGAUGGAGAUGCUGCAGGAGUCAGGCAAAGUCACGUGGAAGAACGCCCAGCUGGGCGAGGCCAUGAUCGAGAGUCUGGAGGCUCAGGGUCUGCAGCUGGCCAAGGAGAAGCAGGAGUACCUUGAUAAACUGAUGGAGGAGACGGAGGAGCUGAGUCAGCAGCGAGCACAGAGAGAAGAGCUGCAGCGUCUCAAUCAAGUUCUGGAGGAGGAGAAGAUGAAGUUUGAGGAGGUGGUGAUGGAACUGAAGGCUGAGCAGGAGCAAAUUAAACUAGAUCUGGACGGCACGACUCAGUCUCUGCGAGGCGUGGAGAGCGAGAAGGAGGAGCUGAGCAGUCUGACCGUCAUGCUGCAGAAGUCCAUCGAGCAACUCUCUGAGGAGAAGCAGAGAACUUUGGAGCUGCUGGAGGAAGAGAAGGAGGGGGCGGGAGAAGAGGAGGAGGAUGACGACGAGGUGGAGGAGGAGGAGGAGGAGGAAGAGAACAGGAAGUGUCAGGAGGCCAAGGAGUUGGGGAACUUGGACCUUCUGCAGGAUCUUCAUCACAUUGAGGAGCAGAUGAAGCUGCUGCUGAAGGAGAAGGAGCAGGCUGAUGAGAAGCUGAGGGAGAACCAGCAGCGGGCGGAGGUUCUCCAGCAGGAACGGGAGUUUUACUCCUCCCAGGCCAGAACGCUGCAGCAGUCGCUCUCCCAGCUCACUGCAGACAAGCAGCAGACGGAGGCGGAGCUUCAGGUGGAGAUUGAGGCGCGCGUGGAGCUGGAGAAGCGUCUGAAGCAGGCGGAGGAGGCCCUGCAGGACCUGGAGAAAGGCCUGAACUCUCUGGAGCGCAGCAAGGAGCGAGAGGAGAAGAUGAGGGGCGACGUCACUCAGCUGAGGCGCUUCUUUGAGGAGUGCAUCUGUGCGGCCGAGAUAGAAGCCAAGCUGCCGGCCAUCAUGAAGAACGCCGUCUAUCUCCACAAGGCGGCCGCACGCCGCAUCAAGAGCUGCCGCAUCCAGAGGAGAGCUUCUAGACGCCACUGGUUGCAACACUCCAAGUCCUUGGCCACAGCGAGCGAGGAGGGCGGCAGCAUGGAGGAGCUGAGGGAGACGGCGCGCAGGCUGACCUGUGACAGCAGCUUCAGGGAGGACGUGUACAAGAUCAUGGCGCGUAAGGACGCCAGCUUUGACCAAGACUGACGCACACUUCACACCACCUGCUUCACCUUCUUUAGGCUCCUAGCUUGUAGGCUCAAGUAGCUUUGUUUUGCCCACCACAUUAAAUCUGCACUUCAAAAAACACAACUUCUUUCAUCUU